UUUCAAACAGCGGAACAAACUGAAAGCUCCGGUGACGGACCCCACCCCCGGCUCCCGGCCCGGGACCCCCUCCCCUCCCGGGAUCCCCCGGGAUUCCCCACCCCUCCCGCACCGCCGGGGACCCGCCGGCCUGGCGCGAGUCCCUGUCCAGGACCCUGGCUCAGCCCCCAGAUUGGAGGAGCCCGGAGACCGCCCUAGGAGCCUUACCCCAGCAGCAGCGGCGGCUGCAGUCGGGAGGGUCCAUGCUUGUGAUUCUCAAUGGAGAGUGAAAGCACAGAUUCAUAAUGAAAACCAGCCCCCGCCGGCCACUGAUUCUCAAAAGACGGAGGCUGCCCCUUCCUGUUCAAAAUGCCCCACGUGAAACAUCAGAGGAAGAACCUAAAAGGCCCACUGCCCAACAGGAGCCUGGUCAAGCACAGGCCUCCAAGGAAGUGGCAGAGUUUAGCUCUUGCAAGUUUCCAGCUGGAAUCAAGGUUAUUAACCACCCCACCAUGCCCAACACCCAAGUGGUGGCCAUCCCCAACAAUGCCAAUAUCCAGAGCAUCAUCACAGCACUGACCGCCAAAGGAAAAGAGAGUGGCAGCAGUGGGCCCAACAAGUUCAUCCUCAUCAGCUGUGGGGGAGCCCCCACUCGCCCUUCAGGACCCCAGCCUCUAGCCCAAGCCAGCUGUGAUGCCAGGAGGACAGAAGUGACAACCGAGACCCUGGGACCAAAGCCUACAGCUAGGGAUGUGAAUCUUCCUAGACAUCCUGGAGCCCUUCCCGGGCAGCAAUGGGAGAGCUGUGCUGGUGGUGAGGCAGCAGGCUGCACUCUCGACAACAGCUUGACCAAUAUCCAGUGGCUUGGAAAGAUGAGUUCUGAUGGACUGGGCUCCUGCAGCAUCAAGCAAGAAAUGGAGGAAAAGGAGAAUUGUCACCUGGAACAGAGUCAGGUUAAGGUUGAGGAGCCCCCAGGAGGACCAACAUCCUGGCGGGACUCUGUGUCUGAACGGCCACCCUACUCUUACAUGGCCAUGAUACAAUUCGCUAUCAACAGCACUGAGAGGAAGCGCAUGACCUUGAAGGACAUCUAUACUUGGAUCGAGGACCACUUCCCCUACUUUAAGCACAUUGCCAAACCAGGCUGGAAGAAUUCCAUCCGCCACAACCUUUCUCUCCAUGACAUGUUUGUUCGUGAGACGUCUGCCAAUGGCAAGGUCUCCUUUUGGACCAUUCACCCCAGUGCCAAUCGCUACUUGACAUUGGACCAGGUGUUUAAGCCACUGGACCCAGGGUCUCCACAAUCGCCCGAGCACUUGGAAUCACAGCAGAAACGACCCAAUCCUGAGCUCCGCCGGAACAUGACCAUCAAAACUGAACUCCCACUGGGCGCACGCCGGAAGAUGAAGCCCCUGCUACCACGGGUCAGCUCAUACCUGGUGCCCAUCCAGUUCCCAGUGAACCAGUCACUGGUGUUGCAGCCCUCAGUGAAGGUACCACUGCCCCUGGCAGCUUCACUCAUGAGCUCAGAGCUUUCCCGCCAUAGCAAACGAGUCCGCAUUGCCCCCAAGGUACUGCUAGCUGAUGAAGGGAUAGCCCCUCUUCCCACUGUGGGACCAGUGAAAGAGGAGAAACUCCUGCCUGGAGAAGAGCUGUCCCCUUUGCUUCCAGUUCAGUCCAUCAAGGAGGAGGAAAUCCAGGCUGGGGAGGAAACGCCAUACUUAACGAGACACAUCAAAGUAGAGAGCCCUCCCUUGGAAGAGUGGCCCUCCCCAUCUUUCAAAGAGGAAUCGCCUCACUCCUGGGAAGAUUCAUCCCACUCUCCCACUCCAAGGCCCAAGAAGUCCUACAGUGGGCUCAAGUCCCCAGCCCGGUGUGUCUCUGAAAUGCUUGUGAUUAAACGGAGGGAGAGAAGGGAGAGGAGCCGGUCCCGAAGAAAACAGCAUUUACUGCCUCCCUGUGUGGACGAGCCCGAGCCACUCUUCUCAGAGGGCCCCAGCACUUCCCGCCGAGCCACAGAGCUCCCUUUCCUAGCAGAGGCCUCGGAGCCCACCUCCCAGCUAGGUUAUUCCCAGGAGGAAGGAGGACCUUUUAAGACACCCAUUAAAGAGACACUGCCCAUCUCCUCCACCCCGAGCAAAUCUGUCCUCCCCAUGACCCCUGAAUCCUGGAGGCUCACAUCCCCAGCCAAAGAGGGAGGGCUAGAUUUCAGCCCAGUACGAACCCCCCAGGGUGCCUUUGGCCCCCUGCCUGACUCCCUGGGGCUGAUGGAUCUCAGCACCACCCCACUGAAAAGUGUUCCCCUCUUUGACUCACCCCGAGAGUUCCUCAAUUCGGAGGCCUUUGACCUCGCCUCUGACCCCUUCAGCAGCUGUGCCCCAUCAGAUAUGGCAACCCCCAAGCCAGGCUCCCCUGAGCCACAGGUUCCCAACCUUUCAGCCAAUCGCUCACUGACAGAAGGUCUAGUUCUGGACACAAUGAAUGAUAGCCUCAGCAAGAUCCUGCUGGACAUCAGCUUCCCCGGCCUGGAGGAAGACCCGCUGGGCCCUGAUAACACCAGCUGGUCUCAGUUCAUUCCUGAGCUGCGGUAGAGACCUGGCCUUGCCCUUGCUGCUCAAGCUGCCCACUCUUCUGGAGUACUAAUGUGGCUGGGCAAUCCAGGCCCAGUGUACCCCAAGCCCUCUGAGUGAGAACAGCAGGCAGCAACUGUCUGCUCCUUAGCCCCACCUUUCCUGGUGAUGCCAAGGCAGCAGUAGCACCUUAGCCGCCACUGGAACCUCUGU